GCGAUAUACCCAGCAUCUCGCACGUCCAUCCAUCACUUCAUUUGCGCCCACCCCAUUGCCAACACCACCACCUAAUACUUCCCUGCCCCCGCCCACCUCGAUCCAGCAGUCAUCAUGUGGAGCAGGCUUACGGGCAAGAGCGACAGCGGCUCGGCCGUCUCCAGCAGAGACAGAGACGACGAGGCCCGCCGCCGCCGCACCAGCGAAUCCACGCGUUCGAGGCGCGAUAGAGAUUCCGACACACGAUCAGUCGUUUCUUCAACUUCUACACGCAGGCCCUCACGACGCGACACUGCGCCUUCCUCGAUUGCCUCGUUUGCGACGGCCUUUGACGAAAUGCCACGCUCGCGGGCCAACGAGGACCUGUACGACGGCCCCAGCGAUGAACGCAGUGCCCGCAGGCGCGAUGACCGGCCCAUCAGCUAUGCAGCCUCCUCGGCAUCAACAACACGGCGCGACCGAUCACGCAGCAGAGACCGUGACGACAAGGACCGGAAAAAGACCAAGGACAAGGAAAAGGACAGGAAGGGCGAGUGGCGACGGCCGACGCGCUCAGAGCGGUCGGGGAGCUUGUCGCAGGCUGGCGGCUACAAGGGCGACAUUGUCGAAACCCCAAAGCCAGUCCAGCGCAGCUUCAGCGGCCAGAUUGCCGGCGAGGGCUUCUCGCAGUUUCCAGGCCAAGCAGGAGCGCCCAUGAUGUCUGGUGCUCUGCCAGCAGGAAGCCUGCCCCCGCAUACAAGCAACAUGUCGAGCCAUGUCCAGGACCAGUUCCCUGGCCAGGACCCGGCACAGUAUGCCCCGAGUACGUUGCCUGGCGGGAAUCCGUUUGGCGCAGCAGCCGAUUACUACAACGACCAAGGUGCCUCUGUUUACCAGCAGCCUGGUAUUAGGCCUCAAGCACCCUCUGUUAUCAUAGGCCAAGACACCCCUCACCUCAUGCCUGCCGCACCACAACCCAUGCCUGUCGCCGACACUGGGUCGGGCGCUGCUGCUGACUUUUACGGUGGCAGCAUAAACACCUCCACCUCCAAGCCUUCGUCGAAGCCCCCAAAGCCCUCACGACCCUCAAGCUCGACUAUGCCUGGCACUUUUAUUGAAGAGGGUCCCGCGCCGCAGAAACCACCGCGACCCUCGUCGAAGCCCAGUUCAACCAGUAAGCCAAGCAAGUUUGGCCCUGCUGCUACUCUGGCUGGCGGAGCUGCUCUUGGAUAUGCCAUGGGCCACAGCUCGCCUAGCGCACAACACACCUCUACAAGCUAUAGCUCUUCUAAUAUCCAACAUUCUACAUCCUAUAAUAACGGCACCCCGGGUGCUUCGAAUAGUUAUAAUCCGACAUCCUAUACCAAUGGUGGUCCAAGUGCAUCCGCGCCCUUGUACUACCAGGGUGAAAUUCCCUCUAAUACUGCUACUGACGGUAGCAACUACCCGCCACCUUACUCUGGAGCUGCCUAUGGCCCAGAAGGUGUGCCCCCUCCAAAGCCCCCCCGCCCCGGGAAGCCUGAGAAGCAAUCGUCUGGCAGCAAUGCCGGACUCUAUGCCGCUGGAGCUGCUGGCCUCGCAGCUUAUGGCCUGCAUGAACAUAAUUCACACUCACACUCUCAUCACACCUCGCACAACUACUCUUCUUCAACACCCGGGGCCUUUCCUAUCCAACACUAUAAUGGCAACGGUGUGGAUCCCUCCUCCAUCCCCUUCACGGCUGGUGGCAUGACCCAGAGACACCAGCACACAGGCCCUGUAUCCCGGUUAGUUGACUGGUGGAAGGAUCAUGAAGAUAUCCAAAAGAUGGAGGAGUACAGCGAGUAUAUCGGCGUCUGCAAAGGCUGCUUUGACCCUCGAUCCUCCGUCUACGAUGCGCCACGCAAGCACCACUACAAUAAGAGGCGAUCUAGCGAAUACAUGCGGCCCUCUGGCGGUAUCGAGAAACAGUCUCGAUAUUCGUUGAAAGAGAAGAAAUCUCACAGCUCGUUAUCAUCCGGUGAUGAGAGGCGUAAGAGAAACAGCACCAGUGCUGCAGGUUGGGUUGCUGCAGGGCUUGGAGGCAUUGGUCUCGCAAAAGCUGGCAAAGCCGUGUGGGCCGCAGGGCGGGACGAUUUUGAUGAUACCUAUAGCAUCAAAUCUGGGCGUGACGCUCGCUCAAGAAUUUCUCGACGAAGCCGGAGCCGGUCUCACUCCCGCGACCGGAAGAGCUAUAGUUACGGCCAUACUGACAUCCGCCGUCGGAGUCGCUCACGGGAUCGAACAUCUCAGAUGUCUGUGGGGGUAAUGAAGGACAAGAAGGACUACAAGAUCAUUCGACGCCCGCGGUCACAAUCACGAUCAAGCUCCAGCUCCAGCUCUCGGGACGGAAGGCCAGGCUUGAUUGGCACAGCAAUUGGUGCAGGUCUAGCCGGAGCUGUAUUUGGAGCCGCGACCAAGAAGAAGCAUCGAAGUCGCAGCAGCUCUAGAUCUGCAAAGAAGGUCGUCAUGCAGCAUCCUCGAAGGGAUAGUAGUGCCGAUGAGCUCAGGAGGAGACGAUCUCAGCAAUUACGUCGCAAGUCUUCUCGAAGCUCGGUCUCUGGAGCUUCCGUUGUUGAGAUUGGACAAAACCACCAGUCCCAGGGCGGCUUCUUAGGAGGCUUUUUUGCUGCACCUCCACCGAAGGAGAAGCGACCAAAGCCAAUCAGUCACAAGAAGAAGAAGAAGGGUUUCUUCAACUUCGGCAAUGCCUCGACAUCCUCAUCUGACUCUGAGAUGGCUUUCGGCACAGGAUAUGUGAGGAGGCGCAGGCGAACAUCACCCAAGAGAAGGAACUCGGAUGACCACAUCAAGGCUACUCUCGCUGGGUUAGGCGCUACCGCAGCAGCCAUUGCAGCCGCCAGAGCUGGAAAGUCUGCAAGCAAGCGCCAUAGUGAGGUGGUGGCAGUAAAAGAGCAUCGCCAUGGCCGGAAGAGCAGCGACCGUCCCCGACCCGGCUCCCGACAUGGCUCCCGAUACGGCGACGAUGAGUGGGAGGACCUGCCUGAUGAUGGAACUUCGGAUUCGUCGAGUGACGCUGGCCUUGUCUAUGGCGACUACGAUUGGCGGAAGGGCAAGAGCCAGGAGUCUCUAGCCUCUAAUGGCUCCGGCACGAACAAAUGGGGCUGGCGUUGGGGCUUUGGCAAGAAGAAGAGAAGGUCAUCGGAAAACCUCUACGACAACAUUGCUAGCACCUCGCUCAUCGGGCCUGUUGCAGCUGGAGGAGCACUUACUGGGGCAGCUACUGGAACUGGCGUCCUUGUACGCCCCGAAAGCGAAUCGAGUAGUGUGCACACGCUGCAAACAGUUUACCCUGUCGCUUCAUAUGACCCCAACGCAGUCAUUGAUGCCAGGCGAACGAGCUCCGUUCCGACGCCCCAACCUCUUCUCACCUCAGGACCAGGCACGAUCAGCAUACAACAACCCCAGCCAAAGUAUCAGGUUCCUGGAGCAAUCUACUCCACCCAGCCGUCAUCCCAACCCAGUUACGUUGCACCCGCAGGACCUCCCGUCUUCUCACAAGUACCUAUCCAGCCUCCUAGCCAAGCACAAUACCAAACUCAGAACGUCGUUGUGCAGGCUCCUCAUCAUCCUGCAAUUCCCUCAGCACUUCGUCGCACAAAUUCGUCACCUAUCCAGAGCUCUUUCAGGCGUGAUGCAGCCCUCCUAGGGCUUGCAGCCACAGCCGGCGCCGCUGCUAUCGCUGCUACCAAAGGCCGAGACAGUCCGAGCAACGUACGCUUUGACCUGACCAAGGAGCAAGUCGCCAAGGUUGAGCGCGACCGGCUAAAGGAGCAAGACCGACAAGACGAGGAAGAUCGUCGCAGGCGUGAUCAGCAGAGGCGAGAUGACGAUGCUCGUAGGGAGGAGGAGGAGCUUGUCCGACGAGAGCAGCAACGGCGAGACGACGAGGCACGGAAAGCAGAAGAGGAGCAUGCCCGACAGGAGCAGCAACGGCGAGAUGAAGAAGCCCAGAAAGCAGAAGACGACCGUCGCCGAGAGCAGCUUCGCCGUGAAAUUGAAGCCCGCCAGGAAGACGACCGUCGCCGAUGGGAGCUACAACGCCAACAGGAAGAGGCUCGCAAGUACAUGGAUGCCGAGCGUCUGGCUAAGAUUGAGACCGAACAACGCAUGGAGGCGGAACGCCUAGCCAAGAUUGAUAUCGAUCGACGCAUGGAGGCUGAGCGCCUGGCCAAGAUUGAGGCCGAUCGACGCAUGGAUGAGCGGCGCCGUCAGCAAGAAGAGAUGCGUAUCCGCGAGGCUCGAGAGGCGGAAGAGCAUGAGCGUCAACAGCGCGAAGCUCGAGUGGAAGCUAAGCGCAGAGCAGAUCUCGAGGCGGACGCUGAGCAGAUGCGACGGGAGCGUCGUGAGACCGAGCGGCGAGAAGCCGAACGCAUUGAAACCGCAAGGCGCGAAGCAGAGAUCAGAGAAGACACCGAGCGCCGACGAAAACAUGAGGCGCAAGAGUAUGUCGAACGUAUGGAAGCCGCAAGGCGUGAAACAGAGAUUCGCGAAGACACCGAGCGCCGACGAAGGGAACGUGAGGCGCAAGAGUAUACCGAUCGACACGAGACCCACCAUAAGCUGGAGCGUCAGCGGACGGGAGACUCAGCCAGCUCCGUUGCUACUGUUGUGCAUCGCAAGGAGAAGGAACUGGAGGAACGCGAGCGUAAUAUCCUUCAACCGGAUACCCGGAAGUCCACCAUUGCUGGUGCUGCCGCAGCCGGUGCGGCCGCAGCAAUUACGAGCGCAGCGAUCUCGUCUUACCAAGACAAAGACAAAAGCAAAAGCAAGGACAAGGGAAAAGGCAAGGACCGUGACCGCAAGCGUGAUUCCUCUUCAGUGAAGCCGGUCGAGCCAAGCAUCGUGAAGCCUGUUCAACCAAGCUACAUCCAGUCAUAUGCCCCAGCCGGCGUUAAAACAUACGAACCCAGCACUGUCAAGACCUACGGACCCAGCACUGUUAAGACUUACGAGCCCAACACUACCAAGACCUACGAGCCUAGCAAAGUCAAAACUUACGAGCCAAGUAGCGUUGUAACCUUCGAGCCAAGCAAGAUCGAACAGGACUAUUUCGACGAUGAGAUCUUCAACCCCGACAUCUUUAAGAAGACGACCGAAGUAUACCAAGACUGGGAAGAUAGAUACAACGAAAAGCCAGUAUCUCAAGCUGAAUUCUUUGCGCCCAAGGAACUCCUGAAAAACGACAACCUGCCCAAGGUUCAUCCGGUAGACCCCAAUGAAGGUGCCACGGACCUCCAUGUUUACCAAGCUCAUGAUGAUUUUGGUAUCAGUCAACCGAUGGCCCCACCAUAUCCUCGUUCCUACUCAUUCACCGCCACCAAAGAUGGCCGUUCUAUGUCAGAUCAAAUUUGGCCUGUUCCUUCUCUGAACCUCAUUCAGCCUACGCCUCCUGGAAGUCGUGCACCUUCUGUUCGUAGCGUAUCCCUACCUCCAUCGCCACACAUUGAACCAGUCAAGGAAGGGCCGAAGGAGGAGCCAAGGCAGGAAGAUGCGAAUCGGGCAAGAUCCAGAGUCAGCUGGGGCGAGAACCAGUUCCAUCAUUUUGAGGUACCGACCCCUGAGUCUUACCGGGAACAGUUCGUCUCCGACGGUGACAUGCGGGAUCAAGAGAAGAAGUACUCGAACGAUGCAGUCACAGUGGAGCAUGAUUCGCCCAAGUCUGGCCAAAAGACUUCGGUCUACCAGCCUUAUCGUUUAGAGGAGACGUCCAAAGCACCCGAGCCAAAGGAAAUCGCUUCCAGCACGCAGUACGUCCGAGACGAGGAUGACUCAUCUUGGGAUAGUGUCGUUGGUGCUGCUUCGAAGAAGAGUAGCAAGAAGGAAAAGAAGAAGGCUGCCGCUGCCGCUACCGCUGCCGCUGCCGCUGCUGCUCUUUCCCGAGAUGAUGAAAUCGACCGAGACUAUAGGCGAGAUACUGCGUCGACCAUAAGUAAUCCGUUCUCCGAUUCUCAUGCCGCGGCUUCAACAAUUGCAUCAUCAACAGUAGCGUCUUCUGUCCCUUCAACAAGCACCGUCUACCAGUCGCCCCACUAUCAAUCUACGUCGGAUCCUGACCUACGGAAGGGAACAGAUCAGACGAAGCGUCCGGGCUUUGUGGAGAGUGAGGUCACUGCAGAGCCAUCAUCGAUGCAUAUACCUGGGAGCUUCGACGAACUGCCUUCGGUUGACAAACCUACCAAGGAGGAUUGGGAAGUUCCAACAAAGAAGGGCAACAAAGGACAUUCCCCUGUCUGAAGUCAACAAGGAAGUUGGGAUUUCGAAGCCUACCUCACUCAACGUGGAAGAAGUCUCUCAGGACAUCUCUGCCGUCGACAAGCUGGAGCCUAUCGAAGAAGCUAUCGUACCUGCCGCGCUUGAAAGCUCUAUCCCCACCCACGAGGACGAUGUGUCUCAGCCAUCGUCUUCAAAGAAGAAGAAGGGCAAGAAAGACAAGAAGGCCAAGCGAGGCAGUGUUCAAGUUUCUGAGCUAGCUGAACGCGAGCUUGAGGCUGAACGCACCAUCGAUACACCACUUGAGGUAGCAACUGAAGCAUGGGGAGAACAGCUGGUCGACGAUAUCUCCAAAGAUGCAACCAUUGUUCAAGAGCCUACUGUGCCUGUUCUCGAAGCAGACACUUCCGUCAAACCUCAAGACGUCGC